UCCACCGAAAUCAAAAUGAGUCCACAAAUUACCAAAACCACCGCAAAACACUAGAUUAUACCUCAAAAAUAUAAAUUUAAAAAAAGAAAAGAAAAAAUUGUGGAGCAAAGUCCAAGACCAAGACCAAGACCAAGACCAAAUCCCUUGUACCAAUACUUCAUUACCAAUAACCAAUCUCAUCUCCCCUAUUCUCCCACUUCUUCCCUUCUUUCUCUCUCCUCUGCCCCCAAAAUUAUCUAUGGCCGCCGAGGCCCCUCCACCAUCGUUUUCUCCACCGCCACCGCCUUCUUCACCGCCGACGGAAGAAAGUUUAUGCCAUUGGUGUUACCACUGCGAAAAACGAGUACCUGUUGAAACUCAACCGGGUCAACCCAACGAUGUUAUCUGUACCGAAUGCAAAUUCGGUUUUGUUGAAUCAAUCCCUACAUAUUCGUCUCCUUCCGCCGCCAUUGUUUCUCCUCCUUCGGACGGUAUAGGAAUAUCUGAUGAACCUACGCUUGGAAGUCAGUUUCUUGCUGUUUUACGUUUACUUUCGCAGGUUACGCGUGAAGAAGACGCGCCGCCUCCGCCACCGCCUCCUCCGCCACGUUUUCUUAAUCCGUCGGAUCCUUCACCGUCUGAUGAAGAUGAUUUUCUUCGUAUUGAGAUUUCUGGUUGGGAUGAAGAUGAAAGAAAUGUUAAUUCUAACAGUAACGGAAACAAUCGUGAAGAAGAGGUUGAUGUUGAAGAAGAUGAUGAAGAUGAGGAUGAAGAGGAUGAUGAUGGUGAUGUGAGAAGCGUUGAGAUCGAAGGAGAAUCGGAUGAUGAGGAAAGAGAAGAAGACGUUCGACGACGGAGAAGAGAUGUUCUUCGUCUUCGUCUUCGUGAUUUUGCUAAUCGAGCUCGAAGUGAAGGACGAAACAGGAUCUUAGAUUGGGCGGAGAUUUUAAUGGGAUUAGAAGACAAUUCAAUUGAGUUUCGCUUUGAAAUGCCUGAGACUACAGAUCGGUAUAUUGGAAAUCCAGGAGAUUACGUUGAUGCAGCUGAGUAUGAAGCGUUGUUACAGAAUUUGGCGGAUGCGGAAGGGAGGAGAGGAGCACCGCCUGCAUCGAAAUCAGCUGUUGAGGCCUUGAAAUUGGUAGAGAUCAAAUCAGUGGAUGAGAGUUAUGUAUGUGCAAUAUGCAAAGAUGGAGUUGAUGUUGGAGAUAUGGUCAAGGAGAUGCCCUGUGGACAUGGCUACCAUGGAGAUUGCAUUGUGCCAUGGUUGGAGGCGAGGAAUUCAUGUCCAGUUUGUCGAUUCGAGCUGCCUACUGAUGAUGUUGAUUAUGAGGAAGAGAGGAAGAAGAAAUUUCCUCCUGCUGGUGGAAGUUCAUCAGGAACUUCUGCUUCUAAUUCUAUUUAAAUUAACGAAUGGGAUUUGGGAAGAAGAGGAAGAGAUAAGAGUUUAUCGAAAGCGAUUUUGAAGCAUUGUCAACUUACGAGGUACUAUUAAAGCUACAUUUUCCAUUUUGAGGUUCCAACGCUGGCUCCCUGGCAAGGUAUGUUCUCAGACCCGAUUGAUAUCGAAUAAAGCAGCUGUAAUCAAACUUGGUUAUCGUCUACGCCUCGUGGAAUCAAUCUUACAGACUUAUAUGUAUCAACACCUUUCUUUUCUUUAUACGCUUCCUGUUCUCGGAUCCAGAACUUAUAUAGUUAUAUGUAUCGUCUACGCCUUGUUGAUGGUGCCUUGUAGAAUCAAUGAAUGCGUUUGUACCAUUCAUUUGAGCAAAUAUUAUCGUUGUUCCAUCCUUGCGCACCCCUGUUUUACUAAAAUCUGUAUAAAAAUGGCUUGUAUUAGUAUGUUCUUCCUUACGAGUUACAAGAACAGGAUAAGCAAACAUAGCUAUCUUCUGAAUACUUUCAACAUCUUA